GGCAGAGCCGGCGCGCCCGGGGCAUUCCCGGCCGCGGAGGAGGAGCUCGGGGGAAUCGAAAGUGCGCGGCUGCUGCGCUCCGCCAUGGCCGCCGUCUUGGAGCUGGAGGGGCUGGAGCUGCACUGCUCCUGCUGCCUGCAGCUCUUCGCGGAGCCCGUGCGGCUCACGGGCUGCGGCCACAGCUUCUGCCGGGGCUGCAUCGUGCGCUACUGCGGGGGCCGGCCCCGCGCCGCCUGCCCGCUCUGCCGGCGCCCCUUCGAGCUGCAGCACCUGCGGCCCAACCGCGAGCUGGCCGCGCUGCUCAGCCUCAUCCCGUGGGAGCUGAAGGAGCAGCUGGAAACGCAGGAGGAGCUGAAAGCCUGUGGAGCUGCUGCCUGCGACGACCUGAGCUCGGCGGGGCGGGGACGUGGGGAGAAGGAGGAAGAGAUAUGGGAGAGCUCUAAGCAACAAGAAAUAACUGCAGAGACCAUCCACCUGUUGAGGAAAGAUCUCGAUAAAACAAAGGAAUAUACAUCUCAGAUCAAAAGCCAGAUUAUUAAAGAUUUCUGUUGCAUGAAGGAAUAUGUUGAAAGACAGGAGAGAAACACACUGAUGCUCAUUGAACAACAGCAAAAAGCUGCUCAACAGAAAAUUGAAGAAACUAUUCACCAGCUCACAGACAUCAAAGCCCAAACUAGAGACUUAUGUGAGGGGCAGAGGUGCGAAGGCUCACCUUUGACAAUAAAUAAAAUUACACUUGAUGAAAAGCUUAAUGUUGUCAAAAGUGCUGUAGAAGAUCUUAAGAGAAAGUUGGAAAUUUUACUCUUGGAGAAUUAUGCUCAGCAACUCCCACCAGUGCAUCUUCCAGACUUACACCAGGAGCCAAGUGGCAGCUCAUCAUCUCCAGAGCCUGCAGCUGAAAGUCCUGAACCAAGCAUUUCCAGCCAGUUUUCUCAGUGGGCAGAUGAUGUGACUUUUGACCCCACACGGGUACACGAGCGCUUGGCACUCACAGCCCAGAACAGGAGAGUGAUGGUUUCCAGCCACCUCACCACUUACCAGCCAUCAGCCAAAAGAUUCUGCAUCAGCCAAGUCCUGUGUUCACAGGGCUUCUCUACUGGGUGCCACUACUGGGAAGUCAUUACCAAGGACAGUGAUGGAUGGGCUGUUGGAGUUGCUCAUGAAACGAUUGGUAAAAAGGAAAAAUUGGGAAGAACUGAGCAUUCCUGGUGUGUGGAAUGGCUGGGUCCUAGAAAACAGCUGUCAGCAUGGCAUAAGGAUCAAGAAACAUUAUUGCACAAGGACAAACCACUGAAGGUUGGAGUUUUCCUGGAGCUACAAAAGAAGACUGUGUCAUUUUACUCCAUCGAUGACAAAGAAAUGCUUUUGCACACCUUUGAAAUCAGUACCUCACAUCCUCUCUACCCUGCUUUCUGGCUGUACACUCUAGAAAAAAAUGGAUCUUUAACUAUAAGUCAGCCAAACAGGAGAUAAAACUACUGAGAACAGGGACAAUUUUGCCAAUGGCUGCAGAGUUUCUAUAAAAGCCUCAGUGUUUAGCACAGGAGCGUACCAAGGAAUGAAUGCAUAACUACCCAGGCUUUCCUGGGAAUCAGCCACUGACACUUCUGUCUGCUCUGCUUCUCUUCAUGCUGUGCUCUGGUCCAGCCAUGGUUCAUUAAAGCAAUUUCAGCCCAUGCUAAAGGCAGUAACCACCUCUGUAGGAGUCAGGUGGGUUUCUCAAGCAGCUUUUUGUCCCAGGAUAUUCCUAGGAAAGAGUGGCCUAAGGAAGCUCUAAUGUUGGGGAUAAGCCUUUCUCAUUGACCUGUAUUUUUCCUAAAUUGACCUAAAAAAAUUUUUUUUUUUUUUCCUAUAUUGAUAUAAAAAAAUACAGGAGAACAGAUUAUGCUGUUAACUUUCUGACAAGUGAGUUUUCUUUAGACAGCUCUGAUUGAUUAAGGAAUGCUCAGAGGGUGAGAGGGUUACUGAUCUUAGGUAUGAAAAUCUUUCCCUUUAGGGUAGGCACUAACUAUGAAAUAGGCUUUGCAUUUGAGGACCUGAUACUUCAACUUCAGGGAGGUGUCCCAGAAGAACAUCAUCUCCCCAGAACCAUAUUUUAGUCUUGCCCUGGCCAAAGGGUUGUCAGUCCUGGUGUGGUGUGACUGUGGGCAUGCUUGUGGAAGCAGAUGUUGGGGUGUGUUUAUACCAGUUAAUAAAUUAUGUGGUCACUUUAGUGCCCUUUAAAGGGCCUGCAAAAACGACUCUGUCAUGGGAGGGACCAUCUGGUCUUGCCAGCGAGCCUGAGACGAAGCAAGAGGUUCUCAGUUGCCUGUGGCAGGUGAAGGAACCAGAGCUGAAGUCCCACAAAACCUACGGACAACUUUUAUUCUGAGAGAUCCACUGCUUCAUGCCGGAAACAAAACGGCAUUCCCAAGAAGCAAAAGCUUUUUCAGGAAGACUGUGGCAUUCCAGAAUUGACAAAAUAAAUAGUUUAUCAUGAAUAAAGCAUGUGGGAUUCAACUA